AAAUUCCGCCCUCGCGGCCGCACAGUACACACACAAACCAACCUAGCAAUCACUUGAGGCAUCGUUGCCCGGCAGACUGGCAGGCUGUACAGAAAUUCAUUUUUAAGCCGUUGAACUCGGGUUGCAUCGACUGUCAGCCUUUGUACUCUCGGACCUGCCUAAAGGGACAUUUUUCGAGAUCCCUUUGUCUACGUCAGGGACUUUUCCCUUCACCUGCACUUUUUUUUUUAUCCACGGCAACUGUCACGAUUUUUUUCGUCCACGACAAAACCAGGUGGACGGCAACUGAACUACUCGUCUGUCUGCUACUCCCUAUCACGAAUUUCCGACCUAGAUCGACCUCUCUAGCACCAUCAUCCCUAUAGUUUCUCGUCUGCUCGUUACCCUGUCCUCCUCUCGUUGCCCUCACCGACCAAGAGAACACGAUGAGCUGCACUGGUGGCAUCCGUGCCUUCGUGGCAAAAUUGCAGAGCAUCAUCGGCUGCAAGUCCAAGAGGGACACCUCUGAUAGGCCCGCUCUUCAGAUCUCGGCACCCUUCAACUUCAAGCACGAGACUCUCUCCCUCCCCGGUGUCUCUGAGGACGAGAUCGCAAUCCUAAAGGAGCAGGCGGCAGCAGCACGCGUCAACUACGUCGAAGGGCUGUCCAUCAGCCAGCCUCGCAGGGCGCCGGCUCCGCCGACCCUCGCUUCCGCACCGAUCUCAACCACUGAGAAGUUCUUCUAAGGCGUCUCCGGACGGUUCCGGAUCCCUCCCGGUCUUCCAUUCUAUUUUUAUCCUCUACCCAUGUCCUCCUGCUCGGAUCAGCCCUGACCGCGUCCGUAAUGUGUCUCGCGACGGCUGGCCGGCAAGCCAGAUAGACGAGCAGACAAGGGGAUGAGAGGAGAAAAAGAUGCAGAAGAGGGGAAACAGGACGGAUCCAACUAUCGCCGCUACGACGACAACGCCUUUGCACUAGACAUACGUCGCCGCCGCCGCCGCC